ACGCUGAGUUAGUUCUGUCAAUGCCUGCAGUCAGAUGAUUUCACUGGCUGCACAAGAUGAAAUCUCAUAUUUCAAUGUAUGAGUAAAAGUGUCAAAGUUCAGCUGAAGCAGCAACAAAUACAGAACAAAUUUUGUGUGUAUUUCUAACUAGGGCACCAGAGCAAUAGAGGAAGCCAAAAUGAGCCGGAAAAGCAAAAGGAGCUUAAAGGAGAAAUUUGCCUUGAAGAACAGCUUGGUUAAAGAAGCCCUCUCAGAAUUCUUGGGAACUUUUAUAUUGAUAGCACUUGGAUGUGGCUGUGUGGGACAGGCUGUCCUCAGCCGAGGAGCCCAUGGUGGGACCAUGACAAUAGCCAUUGGAUUUGCAAUGGCAGUCACCACAGCAGUUUAUGUAUCUGGGGGGGUUUCUGGUGGUCACAUAAACCCAGCCGUUUCAUUAGCCAUGUGCGUGACUGGAAGAUUAAAAUGGAGCAAAUUACCAAUUUACAUAUUAGCACAACUCCUGGGAGCAUUCGUUGGAGCAGCAGCUGUCUUUGGGAUUUAUUACGAUGCCUUUAUGGAGUUUAGCAAUGGAACAUUAGAAGUUACAGGACCUAAUGCAACAGCACAUAUCUUUGCAACAUAUCCAGCUCCAUAUCUAUCCCUCAUAAAUGGAUUUGUAGAUCAGGUGAUGUCAACAGCUGUUCUUCUUGUGGUUGUAUUUGCUAUUUUUGACACCAGAAAUAACAGUGUACCAAAGGGCCUGGAGCCAAUUGCAAUAGGACUUCUUAUAAUUGUUAUUACUUGCUCCUUGGGAAUGAACAGCGGCUGUGCCAUGAACCCGGCCAGGGAUCUAGGCCCAAGGCUCUUCACAGCCAUUGCAGGAUGGGGGAUGGAAGUAUUCACAGCUGGAAAUAACUGGUGGUGGGUCCCUAUAGUUGCACCCAUGCUGGGAGCUGUCCUUGGAGCAAUGACCUAUAUUGUUUUAAUUGAAAUCCAUCACACAGAUAAUGAGCCAGGAGAAGAAAAUGAUGUGUAUGACAAAUAUGAAUUGUCCAAUAUGGAGUAAGAAGUGAAGACUUUUUGCUCUCACUUUGUUGUGUGGCUUUUACACAAAUGAGUAUUUGAGCCAUUUUAUAAAACCUGUAUGCCUCAAUUAAAAAUUCAUAUUUCAAAGGAGAAAAAUCUAUACAGAAGACAAGUUCAAAACCAACCACUGGUGUGAUUACAUUCAAAACUGGGUACCUGGGGGUGGAAAGUGUAAUUUUUUUUCAUAUGACUUUCAGAUUAUCUCCUAGGCAAGUGUAGUGAGAUAAGGCAGUGACCUGCUAAUUCAACGUAUGUGAUCUUAAUGAUCUUGCCUAGUUAACUGAAAAUAAAUGAGAUGUUACUGCAAGCAUAGGUAGGUAGCAGCUUCAAUGCUGAAUUAAUGUGUGAGAAUAUAACUUAUUUUAUAUAGCCAUUAUUUAAUAAAACUAAUUAUUUAGAAAACUAAAAACAAUAUCCAAAUUGCCUAAAUGUUAACUGAAGUAGUUUUAACUUACUAAACUGGAGUCACUAGCUGAACAGCAAAGAAUCAACUCAUCAGUGAUGGGGUUUAGUAACUGAAGAUACGAUCACAAAGGGCAACAGCUGUGAUAUAAGGUCAACACUAAAAAAGACAAAGGUUUACUUCUGCACAGUUUCUUUAGUGAACAGUAUCUAGUUACUUUUAAACUAAUUCCCUGACUUUUAUGGUACUCAAUAUUAAAAGCCUAACUUAGAAUACUAAUCUGACCAUAUGUUUUUGUAUUUCCUGGAUAAAGUUUAUUCCUGUAAAGACUGUCCAGCAAGAUGCUUAUGCUGUGCCAAAAUCAGCACAAGGCCCAGGUCUAUAAAAGGUUUAAAGUGACCUUCUGCUGCUAAUCUACGUGAGAGGAUUUAAUCUGCUUUGUGGGAGUAAUUUAUAUUUUGGUAGCAGUAAUUAAAAUUAGAAACUGGUCUCAGACCUAGUCCUAGAUCGGAAUUCCCCAAGGAAGGCCAUCUCCACUUUAGACUUCUGAAGCAUGGGUUACCUGUCACAAAAGAUAAGUGGUUGGAUAUACAUCACUUCCUAAAUAUCCAUCCUUGAAAACUGAAGGUUUUUUCUGAUUAACUAUUGUGAAUUGAAUGUAUCUGAUUAAAUCAAAGUAACUCCUA